GGCGGGCCGCUGAAUAAAGCUGAGAGGCAGCGGCGGUUCGUGUGGUUUCAGCUCAGGAACUUAAAACGUGAACAUGUGAGCAGGGAAUGGGCGACUGGACUCGGGAUUAUACACGACACAGAGACACACAGGGAGGGGAGCUGAGCAGCCAAGACGGAUCAUACUGUUGAGCAUUACUUAACAAGUACUCAUUCAUCAUAUUUGAUACCAGUUCAUCUUUCUUCAUUCUGCAAAUUUGAAGAAGAUGCAACGACUCGAAUGCGAGAGACGCGAGGAUACUGUGAGAGCUCCAAUCAACGCCAUCCAAAAGGAGGUUUAUUGUGCAGUGACCACGGGGGAAUAUACCUCGGCGAAGAUGAAUACCAUUGUUUUUAACAAGUUGAGCAGCCAGGUCCUGUUCGAGGAGAAGGCAAAGGAGGCUGAGAUGAGCAGCAGAAACUAUUUAGAAGUCAUGGACGGGCAACAUCCAGACCUUCUUUCCAGUAGCCAAGCCAUGAAAGACAACGCUGCCAGACACAGGAGAGCUGGGGGUCGUCCAAACGGCGGAAAGGUGCGACAUAAACGUCAGGCUCUUCAGGACAUGGCCCGUCCACUGAAGCAGUGGCUAUACAAGCACAGAGACAACCCUUAUCCCACCAAGACGGAGAAGAUACUGCUGGCUCUCGGCUCGCAAAUGACCCUGGUACAGGUCUCCAACUGGUUCGCCAACGCGCGGCGGCGUCUGAAGAACACGGUGCGGCAGCCCGACCUGAGCUGGGCACUGCGGAUCAAGCUGUACAACAAGUACGUGCAGGGCAACGCCGAGAGGCUCAGCGUCAGCAGCGAGGACAGCUGCUCGGAAGGUGGAGUAGAAACCAUUCGUUUCUGCCCAGGGAUUGCAGUGGGUCAUCCGCUACAGUUUCGUAACCGGUCUCAGAUAGACACCGACGGCGACAACCCCCAGCGGACGGCGAACGGCGUGGGCGUGGGCGAGCACGGCCAGCCCAUGUACCAGAGCGUCAUCAAGAAGGAGGGCUCCUCCGGCGUGGUGGGCGUGGCCAUGGACAUGGGGGCGGGGCUGCGGUCGGCGGCGGAGCCCGACGACUACGUGUCCCCGCCCAAGUACAAGAGCAGCCUGCUGCACCGCUACCUGAACGACUCGCUGCGGCACGUGAUGGUGGCCAACGCCGUGAUGGACGCGCGGCGCCGGAACCACUCGGGCUCCUUCAGCUCCAACGAGUACGACGACGAGCUGCUGUCGCCCUCGUCCUCCGAGGCCGAGGCCAACUUCGUCUACCGGGCAGAAACCAUGGAGCAUGGAUCAAGUAAAUGUGACGGCGGGUCCAUCGGAGUGGUGGUCGGAGGCAUGCAGAAGCCGCGGGCAAAGGGCAAAGACGAGCGGUACUGGCGGGAGAUCAACGCCGCCAUGGCGCUCACCAACCUGGCCCAGGUGGACGCCGCCGCCGCCGCCGGCACCACCAGCUGCAUCAUCCAGAAGUCGUCCCACAUAGCCGAGAUCAAGACUGUCAAAGUGCCCAUGGUGCAGAAGUACUAGCAUGGGGAGGAGCGUUGGGUACCCCUCGCACACCACCCACACCACCCAACCACCACUCCCUCUUGGGGAGGGACGGACGAUGCAGAAUAAAACAUUCCUCAGAGUUUAACUCGGUACCUAGAAAGAAGAGAAGGUUUGUGAAGAAAGUGGGGAGGAAGGAGGGACGGAAGGAAGGAAGGACAAGAGAAGGCUUCCUGUGAGUCGAUGUGUGACACGUGUGUUGGAAAGGCUUCAGGUGAGUCAGGCGACCGGGACGAUGAAGACCCCCUCUGCGUUCCUCGCUAGUGGGACGUGUUUAUAUGAGGCGCAACCGGGGCAACGACCUGACCCCUUUUUAUUUGUGUUUUUUUUACCCGGUGGGCUUGUGCGUUUUGCGGUUGGACACGAUGGACAAGAAUGACGUCAGUAUUUCCUAAACGAGACACUUUUGUAAUGUUAACUUAUUUUGAUUGCGUACGAUUUUCUUUCCUUGGUUACUUUUUUUUUAUACUAUGAAAGUUGUAUCUCGCCAAAGUGCCUUUUCUUUUUGAAGCAGCAUCAAAGAGCUGAUUCUAAAGGUGCCUCUUUGGAAAAACGGUGAAGGAUAUUUUCUACUUCAAUUUAUCUCAAUAUAAAUAUAUACAGAUGUUAAGAGGCAUGGACAUUAUUCAGGAUUGGUUUUUUUUUAUGAAUGAACCCAUGCAAAAACGGUUUGUGCCUUAGCGAGUGAAUGAGCUCUGCCUUUUUUGCGAGAGACCUCAUGAACUCAAAUAGCAAGCUGUACACACACACACACACACACACACACACACACACACACACACACACACACACACACACACACACACACACACACACACGAGGAAACAGACGGUCCGAAAAAAUGCCCAGGAGCGUUUCUCUCCCCCUCCAGCAGCAUUGUGCUUGUUUUGUCUAAAUGCCUCAUCUUGACUGGAUACUGAGCUCUCUGUUUUGUCUCUGUCGGACGCUGGGGGCCGGGCCGGCCAACAAUAACUGGGGAGACAUUCAGAUGGCUUGGCCCUGCCGUGUGUUGAUAAGCAAGCAAACGCCUCCAGCAUCUCCCUCUGGAACCCCACCUCUCAGUCUGGCGUUCGUACGACUCCUCUCCAUGUCAGGGGGUUAUGAGCCGCUGAAACAUGCACAGAUGCUGGGCCGGGACUGAGGGGAGGGUGAAGUCAGUUUGUUUUUCUUUUCUUUUUCACGCAAACACAUUCACACACAUCUUGCUGAUCUGAGGUUUUAAACACGAGAGGAUCAUCACCCAAAAAGGGACAUAUUUUUGUAUUUAUUUCUGUGUUAUCACUCGCCUUUAACGUGGGCAGGGGUGCCUUUGCUCAAAUGUUUCUGCUCUGAACAAGGUAGAUCGAGAUGAAUCCCCCCCCUUCAUAA